AUGGAGUCUUAUCAGUCGUCCUUGAACGAUGUCCCUCUCUUCAAGAUUCUUCCUGCACCUUAUCAAACUGUCUACGCAGCACUUCUCCUCGCAUUCUCUCUCCCGGUCACAUUUGCAGGUGCCUUCUUGACUCUGGACCGUACUCGUCAGUUUGCACCAUCAGGAGGGCCAACGACAGCAAAGGAGAAAUGGAGAUUCGAAGGUGGUCUUGGUGGUCUACUCGGUGGUUGGGUAUUUGGAGUGCACCUGUCCACUUUGCUGGCGCUACUCAUCAUGAACCGGACAUCCUACGCGCCUCUUGGUGGCAUUCAAUUCCUCGUCAUAUGGCUCCUCUCUGCACUGGUCACCUCGGUCCUCGCUGGGCGGUGGAAGUAUGUCGCUGUACCGAUGAUUGGUAUUGGGGGAGGAGCUGCAUUCUCCCUCUUUGUCACUGUCGCAUGUCAUCCGGCGCAACCCGCUCGAGUGAUCCUGCUCGGCGUAUUUUCGAUACUUUCCGCCAUCUUGUGCCUCUUGCCAAUUCCAAGAGUCCAACACGGUGCAGUGCGGUCCGCGGCAGCUUGGAUGGGUGCACUUGGAAUCAUCUUGUCGAUUUCUAUCCUCGCUGGCAUCAAGACUUGGGAAGAUGUCUGGGCGCGCUUGUGGGUUAGCUGGGAUGCUAGCUGGGGUACCGCUCAGGAAAAGGGAAUAACGGCCGCAUUCAUGGGGUUCGCUGCUGUAGGAAUCGGCGUUGACUGGCUCCUCAAGCGGCAGUUUGGCGAAUGUCCUGACGAGAAGUGGGACCGAUACCUCUCUAGCUAUGCUUCUCAACUUCCCAACGCACAUGACCGUCCUGGAAACUUUACGCCCUCGACGCCGUUCUGGAAAAAGAUAUUCAACCCACCUCCUAAGGAUCCAAUCCUCUUUCCUAAUGAUACUGGCGCACUAUCAUCAAAGUCACCUCUUUCUCCUCCACCGUAUCGUGCGGGCAAAUUGCGCACACAAAGCAAGAAAUCCGCUCCGUAUAGCAGAGAUAGCUUCCAGCCCCUCAACAAAGCCACUAAGCACGACUUCUCAUCUGGCUCCGAAGACUCAUCGGAUGAGGAAGGUACGGGUCAAGAACGCUAUAUACCAAGACCCUGGGCCAAGAGAAAGGAUACCCAGGCGACGAGUCUCUCUGGAGUGACGCUUGCAGAUGGUGCAUCUGCAACCUCGAAAGGAAAGAUGGGCGACAUGGCAAAGGAACAUGGUGACCUCGCCUACUCGGACGGAGAGAGCGUAGCGCAAAGCACGAGUACUGGUCGCCGCCGAAAAGAGUCUCGUGAUGCGCCAGGGUGGACUCCAGAGUUUAUUAAACGACACUCAAUGGGCGGGAAGAAGGAUCUCGAAUCUGGAGGGAUAGAGAUGCGAGCUAGUCGAUCCAACCGCUCAGAGUCUCCGCCUCCUGGUGCUGUUCCGAUGACGCCGUCUCUCAUGAAGGCUCUCGACCGGGUCUCUCAGGCGCAGAACGAGGCCUAUGCCGGUAUUGUCAGCAAGGGACAUACUCCAUAUGCCAGUUCACCCGGACAUGCUCCUGGAACGAGUACUCCUGGUGUGCAUCCACAUGGUGGACAGGACUGGGGCGCGUUUUGGAAGAAGGUAGAGGACAAGACGCGAGAAGGCGAAGCAGGUGCCUCUGCCAAAUCUCCACGGUGA